UCACAUACUCACAGGUCUGGUAGGAGUAGUGCUUCAGAUAGCGGACCCAACCAGGGUAGACCAGGAUAGUGUGUAUUCAGCCAGUGCGGAGCAGAUCAAACCAAAUCAGACAAAACACGAUGGCAUCAGCAGCGCCAUUCUCCGGCACCGGCAGUCUCCUUCGCCUGACAAAACCAGGAACGCCACAGCCCCAGUUCUUCUCCCCUCCGCCGUCUCGCUCCCACUUCCACCUUCGAACCCGCCCCGCCAAGGCAAAGAGCCCAAUCGCCGGAGCCAUCGCCUCCUCUUCCAUGGCGGCAGCCCAGCCCCAGACGUGCGACGGCCAACAACAACGGGCGGAGGAGGCCAUGAAGCUGCUGUUCGUCGAGAUGGGCGUCGGGUACGACCAGCACGGACAGGACAUCACCUCCGCCGCGGUGCGCGCCUGCAAGGAUGCCAUCUCCUCCAACUCCAUCCCCGCCUUCCGCCGCGGGUCGAUACCAGGGGUGAACAGUGAACAGAUGAAACUGCAGAUCAAGCUGGGUGUCCCGAGGCCGGUGCAGCAUCUGUUGGACUUUGAGAGAAUCAAGGCCGUCUUCCCCUAUGGUGAGAUCACCAGCUGCGAGGUCGUUGACGGCGGGAUGAUCUGUUCAAGUGGAACAUGCAUCGAAGCAAUGGGAGAUAAAAACGAUGACUGCUACAUUGUCAAUGCUGCAGUCUACGUCGGUUACUAAUGCUAGCCUGGAGGAAUUGUUGUAUUGGAACAGUGGAAAACUUGAAAAAAAAACCUGGCCGGGAGAGGGGAACUGGAAAUUCUCGUAGGCAAUAAGUAUGUAUAACUGUUAUGAACAGAGAAAGGGUCAAAAUAGGGGGAGGCCAUGAAGCCUCCCGGUAGUCCUGCUGCCUGGCGUCGCCGGUUAUCUUACCCUAAGAGGCUAAGAGGGCAAUCUCGCGGUGAGCUCCAUUGUUGGAGUUCAUUGGAAUUGGCAUGCACAUUGUCAUCUCGUGUUGUAUGGUGUGGGGAGGUUGAGGAUGUUGACCGCAUUCUCUUCUUUU